AUGCGAGAACAGAAGCUCGGACUGCACAUCUCAUUUUCCUCUCCAAUUCAUAGAGAAAUGGAGACAAUCUCUGUGGAUAUUACCGUUGAAUACGCAGAGGUUCUUUCACUGGAACGAGCUUGGUCAAUGGUGACCAGGGUCAAUGACGUUCCAGUCGGCUGCCGUGUUCUAGAUCAAACAAAGGUUGACGGAGAGUGCCUGAUCUGGUGGUCCCCUUUGGUAGGCAUGAGUCCAAACUUUCUCUUCGACCAGGAUUACCAGUCAGCUGAGACAGAGUCUGACGCUAAUCAAUCGAUCGAUUCGUGUCCGCAUCCACCUGACCAGAAGAAUGCACAUGCCACGCCAGGAUCUAUACCUCCCGGUGCCAUCGAUACCUCUGUCCACUGCCCUUACGCCAGAGACUCAGUGGUGUUGGAUGGAUUGUUUCCGUCUACAGGGCCUGAAAAAGACUUUAACCUGAAGUCUCAUGAAGCCUUGACUAAGGAGUUUAUGAAUGCGCCAUACCAUGAUGAGCAGUUAAUUAGGAGGAGUCUUGUUCUGUCGGAUUGUGACUUUAAUAGAAAAGGUAUGAAAUCUCCGUCCAGGGAGGCGUCAUGCCACAGCGCCGCUGAGAAAGAACCCGCUCUGUUAUCCCAACCCUCGUCACCAGAUGAUAGUCCAGCAUCUUAA